CGCGGCUAUGGCGGCGGCGAAACCCGGGGGAGGCACCGGCACCGGCACCAACCUGCUCUUCUCCUCCUCCGCCACCGAGUUCAGCUUCAACGUGCCCUUCAUCCCCGUCAGCCAAGCUCCGGCCGCGCCGCCCGGCCCAGCGCUGCUGCCCGCCGAUGAUUCUGCAGAUGUUGGGGAAGAGGACAGCUUCUUGGGUCAGACAUCAGCCAGCCCCAACCCACCACAGACUUUCAGCUACUUCUCUCAAGUUCCCAGCAGCAGUGAUCCCUUUGGGAGUAUUGGGCAGCCACCCUUAACAACUGUUUCAACACCUGUCGGAGCACCAGCCUUCUCCAGAUCUCCCACUUCACUCCCACUCGUGUCUGGGUCACAGGAUGGGCAAAAUGCCUUUCCACCACAUAUUCCCAAAUCCCAGUCUUACAGUGCACCACCCACUUCCCAGGUGGGAAUGGCGCCGUACCAGCCCCCUCAGCAGAGCUGUCCCCCACCUGCCAGCACUGCCCUGCCCGCGGGGAGCCCGCAGCAGCAGGGCUACAACCCCUACAGGCACACCACCCUGAGCAGCAGGGCCAACCCCUACCUCACCCCGCCCCAGCUGCAGCAGAGCCACCCCCCUGCCACAGCGUCCCCUGUGCCACCUGUGCAGAUGUACCAGACGCCCCCGGGGCCACUGACACAGUUUCCACAGUCCCAGCUCCAGCCUGCCAGGCCUGCAGGGCCCCUGGUCCCAGCCCCUCCUGUGCUGCUGCAGAACCAAUACGAGCCAGUUCAGCCCCACUGGUUCUACUGUAAGGAGGUGGAGGACAAGCAAAUAUGGAUGCCAUUCAGCAUUCUGGAUUCUGCAAAACUAGAGGAGGUCUAUAAUUCUGUCCAGCCUGACCCCGAGAGCGUGGUGCUGAGCACGGACGGCGGCCGCUACGACGUGUUCCUGUACGAGCGCGUGAGGAAAGCCGUGUACUGGGACGAGGAGCCCUCGGAAGUGAGGCGCUGCCUGUGGUUCUACAAGGGAGACAAGGACAGCCGCUUCAUCCCUUACACUGAGGACUUCAGUGACAAAUUGGAGGCAGAAUAUAAAAGGGCUGUAACUACAAACCAAUGGCAUCGGAGACUUGAAUUUCCAAAUGGGGAGACAAUUGUUAUGCAUAAUCCCAAGGUCAUAGUUCAGUUCCAGCCUUCUGCCACACCAGAUGAAUGGGGCACCACUCAGGAUGGGCAGACAAGGCCAAGGGUAGUGAAACGUGGAAUUGAUGAUGACCAUGAUGAGAUUCCUGAUGGAGAAAUGUCCCAAAUUGACCAUCUGGUAUUUAUGGUUCAUGGCAUAGGUCCUGUAUGUGACUUGAGGUUUAGAAGCAUUGUUGAAUGUGUUGAUGAUUUUAGGACUGUUUCUCUGAAGCUGUUGCAGACUCACUUUAAGAAAUGCUUGGAGGAACGCAAAGUGAGCAGGGUGGAAUUCCUUCCAGUUCAUUGGCACAGUUCUCUGCAUGGAGAUGCAACAGGUGUAGACAGGAACAUAAAGAAAAUCACUUUGCCGAGCAUCGGUCGCCUGAGGCACUUCACCAACGAAACGCUGCUCGACAUCCUGUUCUACAACAGCCCCACCUACUGCCAGACCAUCGUGGAUAAAGUGGGCAUGGAAAUGAACCGCCUGUACGCGCUCUUCAUGAGCCGCAACCCCGACUUCAAAGGAGGAGUCUCUGUGGCUGGGCACAGCUUAGGUUCUUUAAUUCUAUUUGACAUAUUGUCUAACCAGAAGGACUUGGCUUCAUCAGUAAAUUCUGGACCAUUCUCUGGUGUUAAUGGGAGUGUGAAGGACGUGGCUGUUCAUGAUAAACAGAUGACUGAAGAUACCAGUUCCUUGGGCUCCUCCAUUGCUACUUCUGCUGAUGACCUUUGUGAGGCUGAGGCAGAGGAAGAUCUUCCUACUCUGCAGAAGACGCUGGAAAUACUCAGUUUGUCAGAGUACGCCAGCACCUUUGAAAAGGAGCGGAUCGACAUGGAGUCUCUGCUCAUGUGUACAGUUGAUGACCUGAAGGAGAUGGGGAUACCUCUUGGACCAAGAAAGAAAAUAGCUAAUUUUGUAAAAGACAGAGCUGCCAAGCAGGAGCAGAAAAAAGCAGUAGCAGAAAAGAAAGCUGUGCUGGCUGCCACACUCCAGACUCAAGAAGACACCCAGAAACCAAAAGAGGCAGUUUCUUCUGUGUCACCUUCAGAGUCUGGUCAGAUGCACUCAAAGAGGAAGCUCCCAGUUGGUGCAUCUGUGUCUUCUGUGAACAUUGACUAUGAGUAUUUUGAAGUUGGAACUGGCCAGGUUUCUGUGGUUUACAGUGCACUGGACUUUGAACCAGAUAUUUUCUUUGCUCUUGGGUCCCCUAUUGGUGUGUUCCUUACUGUGAGGGGUGUGGAGAAGAUUGAUGAAAACUACAGGCUCCCUACCUGCAAGGGAUUCUUCAAUAUCUAUCACCCACUUGAUCCAGUAGCUUACAGGUUAGAACCAAUGAUCAUUGAAGACAUGGAUUUAAAACCAGUUCUCAUUCCACAUCAUAAAGGCAGAAAAAGACUUCAUCUGGAGCUGAAAGACUCUCUGUCUCGUAUGGGAUCUGAUCUGAAGCAGGGCUUUAUUAGCUCUUUGAAGAGUGCAUGGCAGACCCUUAAUGAAUUUGCACGUGCUCAUACAUCUUCAACCCAGCUGCAAGCAGAACUGGAGAAAGUAGCUAACCAAAUUAAAGAGGAGGAAGAAAAGCAGGUGGUGGAAGCUGAGAAGAUCACUGAAAGCCCAGACCCUCCAAAAGAUGAAGAUGUUUCAGUGAAGGUUGGGAUGCUGAAUGGAGGACGUCGCAUUGAUUAUGUUCUACAAGAGAAACCAAUAGAAAGCUUCAAUGAGUACCUGUUUGCUUUGCAGAGUCACCUGUGCUACUGGGGAUCUGAAGACACUGCCUUGCUGUUUCUCAAAGAGAUAUACAGGACCAUGAAUAUCAAUCCUGAGCAGCCACAGCAUUGAUGUAUAAAAACCUGAAUUUAGUCAUACCUGUUGCUCCAGCAGACCUGGUGAAAAACCCUCUGAAGAACAUCUGGUAUUUUCAUAGUUGCAUAUGACAGGAUAAGCAUCAGAGGAUUUUUUCCUGCUGGUCCAGAACUUGCUUGGAUUCUACCUUCUUGUGUCACUUCAAGCAAACUUAAGUUAUGAGAUGAUCAACACUGUCAUUCAGGAGAUGGAUGAAAUGACACAGAUUUGAUCUUAGAUCAGUUCAGUUGUAUUAUUGCCAAAUAUAAGGUGUUUGAAGAAGGUUUUAUUGGUAUGCAAAUCAUAACUUCUGUCCUUCAACUCUCCUGGCUCAGCUGGCUGCCAGAUAUGCCUUGCCUUCCAAGGCAGCAUGUCCUUAGUAAAAAAGACUUGAUGAGAAACAGCAAUAAUUAACUUUUCUUGACACAUUUGUUCGUCCACCUUUAAGAAAUGAAAUGUGAACUGUAGUUAUAACCGUCUUUAAUACAAAUUACAUAAACCAGUUCAUAUUUACUAAAACUAGCAACCAGAAUAAUUUUCUUACUAUUGUAAGUGUGAUGGAGAUUAUUUUAUAAAGACCUUUUUAAGCCUCUGUUAAGAGUUUUAUUGUGGCUUUUUUUAAAGUAAAAAUGAACCUUUGACUUUGAAAAUAUUAGAAUUUUGUUACAGCUAGUUCAGUGUUCACAUAUCCUGAAAUGAGGAACGAUUUAAAAUGACAGUUUGAUCUGGUAAUUAUAGAAUCACAAACUAUUCUAAGUUAAUUAAGGCAAUUUUAGUGAAACUAGGCUGCAGUUGUGAGAGCUAAAACACUUACCUUGACCUUACAGUUAACAUUUCAAAACAGUUACUGUAAAUAGGAACCUGAAGCUUAUGGGUGCUAAAUAAUAAUCUAGAUCCAGCCCUGCAAUCCAGACUCCGUUUUCAUGUGGUGAGGUUGAGGUGAGUUAGGUAUUGUGAAACCCUUGGAAUUCAUGUCUGAAUACUGAGCUUCUGUAACUUUCUCUCUGGCUUCAAUUCACACACACAUUGUGGCUUUCCUUAAUAUUAGUGGCUUAACCUUAUUACUGGCUAUUUGCCUCUGUUAUUGCAGUAAACAAAUUUUGAAAUGCAGUAUGUUUUUUUUUUUCCUUGAUAUGUGUACAAUACACAUUAAUGUGUAUAUAUAAAUGGAUGGCUGUAAUUAAAAUUACCUUAUUUCCACUGUGUCUUUACAACAAGGUUUUGUAUUUAAUCACAAAAAAUUGCUUGGAGGGUUGCUUAGUCCAACUUCCCUGCUCAGGACCUUGUUAAGGCUGGAGAUCCUUUGCCUCUCUGGCCCUGUUGUAAUGUUUGACUACUAGGAUUGCAUUUUUCUUCUAAUACACAGUUGAAAUUUUCUGGGAGGAGCUUGUAUCUGUGGCCUUUUGUCCUUUCUCUGCAUCUUCAAAAAUAACAUCUCUGUCUUCUCUUGUACUCUCAUGUUUGACAGUUGAGGACAGCAGUGAGAUUUUCCUGUUUGGCUUCUCAAGACCCAACACUUCCUUUGGCAUCUCCUUGCCUGCCAUGGGCUGUGACCUUUCAGUGAGUCUUGGGGCUUCCCACUCAACUGGCUUUCCAAAAUCCUUCUUGCUCUGGGGAGCAAGUUUGCCAAAGGCAACUUUUUAUCCAAAACGGACAAAUGUCUUUGUAUCUUAAUAAAUUAACCUGCCACACAAAAUUUCUUAAGCUUUACAAUGUCCUUUGUUCAUUAGAAUACAUUUUAAAAAUAUAUAUAUAUACACUACAAAAACCCCAUGACUGCUGGCCUCAUUUUCAUGUUAAAUAUCAGAGUGGAGGGUUAUGUGCAUUUGUAUUUAUCAACUCUGCCACACUGAGCAAUCUGAGUUUGCUUAAAUAGCAUUUUUAAGAAGGUGCUGGGCUGUGACAUCCCCUUGGGAGGGAUCAGAGCACCAAGGAACAGUCAGAUUUUAUGGGUGUGUGAGAGGAGCUGGCAAGGAGCUGCCUUUGCAAUGGAAGAGGGAACAGGAGGAUGCUGCAGGAAUGAGGAGCAUCUGGAGUGCAGAAAUUGGUUUGGGAAUAUGGCAUAAAAAUUAGUUGUACUUACAGAAACGAAAGAUGGGCUGCAAUUACAGUAACAAGCCAUUAUUACCUCUUAAAAGCAAAUGGAAGUUUAGACAUAAAGGAAGGAAAAAUAACUGUAACCUAUGGUUAUGUAAAACAAAGAAAAACAAAAUAAAUAGAGUUUAUAGAGUAAUUUUAAAUCUGGUACAAGUGAAUACUUUGCUUCCUCAGCAGAAAUCUUCCUUGUGUGCUGCAACACACACCACACACAGCACAGCUUCCAGUACAGCCAGUAAAUUUUGAUUUAUUUUUGUAUGCAUUAUAAUGCAUAAUUAAACAGGUAAGGCUAAUUACACUUUGAUUAGUCAAUGCACAUAGAAAAAUUUAAGGUUCCUCUAUAUUUUCAUCUGUGCUGAAGUGGUUGUAAGCAUUAAAAAAAAAAAAAUAAAAAAAAAAUUGUCCAGAAGAUUUUUUUAAAAAAAUCAAAAUAUCUAUGGAACAGAGUAGGACAGGAAAAGAGGUGGAAAUUUUAUAUUAAUUAUUUCCAAUCAAAAAAAUCAGAGCCUCUCUAAAACAUCCAGUACCUUACAAAAAAAAUCUUAUUUGGGCAGAAGUGAAUUUUUCACUGAAAACUCUUUCUUCUGGAAAACUUUUUAUCUCCUGCUUCUCUCCCUGUGUGCCAGGCCUCCCUUCUUCUGCCAGUAGGAACAUUCCUGUCCUUUGGGAACACCUCCUCACGCAGCUGUUCAUAAAAUAGCAUAGUCAAAUAAUUCUUAUAUAAAAAUAAUUCUUAUAUAAAUAAUUCCUUAUGCUGGGAGAUGCUUUGCAUAGCACAGAAAAAUUUCAGUAACUGCUGGAGUUGUCCUGGUCCUUUCCCAAUGAAUGUUAAAUUAAUAUUUAUAACUUUGUGUCUGCAAUAUGACAAACAUUUUACAAACUCUGUCUAAAAUGCUGUUUCCAUAAUAAUACUGUCCCUGAUUUCUC